AUGUUGAGCUUCUCCGGUAACCGACGGCGAUACUCACCUCCCUCACGGCAGUACGUUACCAUGCAAGCCAUGGCAGUCUACGUGUACUGUGCAUUCUUGGGAACGUGGGGGUUGAUGGAAAAGGACCAUUUUCCCUUUCAUUCUUGGUCCGUCAGUGGUUUGGCAUGUGUGCCCGUUGCAAGGGAUACAAACAGUUCCCUCUUUUUUUGGCUCUGCUUCAUUCCGUUGUUUGCAGGUAUCCCAUUUGCCUACAUUGGGUACAUUUGCUAUGACAUUAGAAAGCGACAGCUGAUGCCACCGAGUGGUAGACGCCGCAUGCUAACAAUUUACUUUGGCAGACUGAUUGGGGUCUUUGUCAUCAUGUGGAUCCCCACGUUUGUGCUCCUCUGGGUGGCCGGACCGUGGCUCCCACCCUGGCUGCACUUUGCAGGAGGCACAUGGAGCCAUCUUCAGGGAGCUGUGAGCGCGGGAUUCAGUCUGAUGAAGCCAGAUAUCUUGAAUGCCGUCAAAUGCUUCUUGUUCUGCCGAUGCGGUGCCGAUGAUGAGUUGGAAAUUUACAUUAGAGUGACUGAAGCAGGACGGAGGAGGGCGUCUUCGAUAUCCUUUCGAUCCUUCUCCAAAGAUGGUGGUGGUUGUUGUUGUUGCUUUUCCAGAGAUAGUGCGGCCUCAAAUCUGGGUCUUUCGGCCUCCGCGGAAAUGGCAGCGGCCAUUGCAGAAGCCAAAGCUAUCGACCAUCAAAUUCGAUUUGAAGUGGAAUCACAGGCAGACCAGUUGGGAAGGUCCACCAAACAGGAUUCGGAGGAGGACAGUGACGAUGACGAAGAUCAGAACCAUUCCGUGUCGGGAUUGUGGCCAAAUCAAGCAGGCAGCGACAAUCACCCUGCGAUAUCAAUGGAUUGUGAACCCCAUAGCGAUGAUGUGAGGGGCUCUCGUAGUAUGAUGGAUACCGGUAGCUUACGGAAGAAAGCGAUGUUCUAUUGGCGCAGGUCCAAAAAAACAGACCUGAACGAGGUCUCCCAGUUGUCAAUGGACGAAAGCGUUAUCGCAGAGGAGAUGCGUACUCAAAAGUUGAAGGACAGCACACGAAGUGCUCCACUGUUCUUUUGGCGUCGGUCCCGAAAGGCUGAUGAGGGUGUGGGAACGGCUCCCAACGAGUUGUCAAGGGACGAAAGGGUUAUCUCAGAGGACAUGGGUACUCAAAAGUUUAUGGAUAGCACACGGAGCGCUCCACUGUUCUUCUGGCGCUGGUCCCGACAGGCUGAUGAGGGUAUCGGAACCGAACCUCAACGACUCCCAGGGGCCAAGAGGCGAAGCUUCGAAAGACUCCAGGGAAGAGGGGCUCGGACCGUUGCCUGA